AUGAACACCCCCAAAACCCAUUUCCUUUCCACCCCAUUUCUCCCUUCCCAUCCCCUGUUCCAUCUCCACAAACCUCUCCCUCCCCAUCACUCAAAAUCCCACUCAAUUUCAGCCUUAAUUCUCCCCAACGGUUCUUCAUAUCCUAACCCAAAACCCGUUUCAGUUCAGGACCUGAUUCUCCCCCCUUCCUCAUCUUCCUCCUCCUCUUCUCAACAGAGGCAGCUUUACCAGCCCUUUAGGCCUCCGCCUUCCCCACUUCCUCUUAAAUUUCGUGAUCUCGAUAUCAAUGGCAAACUUGAAAUCCUCACUGACCGUCUUGGUCUUUGGUUUGAGUUUGCCCCUUUGAUUCCCGACUUGGUUCAGGAUGGAUUCACCCCUUCAAUCAUCGAAGAAAUCACUGGAAUCACCGGGGUGCAGCAGAACUGCUACGUCGUGGCGUCUCAGGUUCGUGAAUCCUUAAUUGAGUCUGGUGUUGAUGAUGAUAUUAUAUCCUCCUUUGAUGUCACUGGGGCUGAAAUUUUGUAUGAAAUUAGACUUCUGAGUGCCUCCCAGCGGGCUGCCGCUGCUAAGUAUUUGGUGGCCAAUGAAUUUGAUGCUAAAAUGACCCAGGAAUUGGCUAGAACUAUGAAGGAUAAGCCUCGUAGGAAAGGGGAAAAGGGAUGGGAUAGUUUCGAUGAUGAACUUCCUGGGGAUUGUUUGGGUUAUAUGUAUUAUAGGUUGGCUCACGAACAUAAAGCUACUAACGACUUGGAAUUGUGGAGGGCUUCAUUGGAGAAAGCCCUGAACGCGCUAGAAUCCGAAACUGCCCGUAAAAAGGUAUUGGAAGAAUUGGAAGGAAAAGAUGAUGAUGCGGGCACUGAUGGACUUGCAGUGUCAGCAGUGAAGGUGCCUGUCGUGAGGAUGAAGAUUGGAGAGGUUGCUGAAGCUACUUCUGUAGCGGUUCUGCCAGUAUGCAGAGCUGAGGGUGGGACAGUUGAGGUGGAGGAUGCACCGUGGGAGUGCGGAAGCAAAGGGGAUUUUGGAGUUGUGGAGGCAGAGAAAGGAUGGAAGAGUUGGGUGGUGCUACCAAGAUGGGAGCCAGUGGCGGGUCUAAAUAGAGGCGGGGUAGCUGUGGCAUUUAAGGAUUCCAAGGUUUUGCCAUGGAAAGCGAGCAAGUGGAAUCAAAAUGAGCCCCUUUUGGUGGUGACAGACAGGGGAUCGAAAGAGGUGGUGGCGGAUGAUGGGUUUUAUUUGGUUGUAGGUGGUGGUAAUGGUAACGCUGAGGAGGGUUUAAAGGUGGAAAAAGGAUCGGCAUUAAAGGAAAGCAGUGUCAAGGAGAGUUUAGGUUCUGUACUUAUGGUGGUUAGGCCGCCAAGGGAUGAUUAUGAUGACCAGAUUAGUGAUGAAGAAUGGGAUUAA